AAGUCGUCUUUUUUGCAUUGGUUCUUCCUGCAGCGCCGGUGGGCGUAGCCGUGUAACCGUGGCGGCGAAGAGAAAGCCCCGCUGCUAAACUCGGAAGGUGGCAGGGAGGCGGCUUUGUCUCCGGGGCCGCUUCCCUCCCGUCCGGGGCGGCAAUUGGAGCAGAAAAGAGCGAGCGAGUCAAGCGGCGGCGACGACGACGGCGUCGCAGGUGGAGAAAGAGGGCAUGGCGGACAAGGACUCUCCGAGCGCCAGGGAGCUCUCUCAGUUUGCAGAAAAUCUCCUACAACAGCUGCACGAAAACUUUGAAGAUCUGACUGAUAAAUUAUCUCUACAAAUGGAUGAGAUGGGUGAACGAAUAAAUGAUUUGGAAAAACAUGUUGCUGAACUAAUGGCUGAAGCUGGAAUAGAAAAUACUAGUGAAGAUUCUGAACGCAGAAGAGCACAGCUAGCUUAUGGCAGGAACUGAAGGCAUCAAAGAAACCCUGCACACAACAUGAAGAUUUUUAAAAUAAUAUUCCUAGAAUAGGAGGCCCUUUCCUUCAUGGCUUAACUAUUGUAACACAUCCUACAUGGAACUGCCCUUGAAGAUUAUGCAGAAACUUCAACUGAUCCAGAAUGCAGAGUAAGGGCAAUAAUAGAUAUGCUUUGAUAUGCCCACGUAAUAGCCCUGCUUUGUGAACUGCUCUGAUGAUAAU